UCCCGGAAUGCAGGCUCCGGGAUAGCGGCGGUUCCCCGGGAUCAAUAUCAGAAUCACUGGCUUAUCUACUACGCGUGAUACGCUUAACCUAGCUAAUAUAAUCGGUCAACUCCCUCCAAAUAACACCUCUUAAAUACAAAAAGACCUCCUCUCCCUGUUCGUCAUGGUGGCAUCAAAGUUACGGGUCCGUUUUGCGCCGAUCAAGUUCCACAAUACUCCAGCCCCUAACUCGAUUGAUCAACCGGAACCCAAGCAGCGUUCUCGAGAGCGAAGCCGCCAGGGUUGUCGGGAGUGCCGUGCCCAUCGGGUCAAGUGUGAUGAAACCUACCCCGUCUGCCGCCGAUGUGAACGUCGCGGAUUCAUCUGUAGGUCUGUUCCACGCCUCACACAAUGGCAGGUUGAAGUCCCCUGCAUGCUGUUGGCCCUGGGGGAUAUCGUGAACAAGCGGUUGAUGCAACACUGGUUUGAGAAGACGAGCCAAAUGAUGGCGAUCGACCCCAAUGAAAACUCCCUCUCCUUCCUGAUGACCCGAUAUUUCGCCGAAUCUCCUUCCCUGUUGCACAUCUGCCAAUCGUUCAGUGCGAGUCACGAGUCUUAUUUCCCAUGUCGAGGUCCUAUCAUCGCCCUCGAGGAAAGAGGCAAAGCUCUGCAAAAAUUUCGCCAGGACUUGGAAAUCUCCGAGAAAUCUUGCACAGAAGCCGCCUUUUUCACUACCAUUUUGUUGGCAUGUUCAUCUUACUGGGUAGAGCAUGAUGUGAUGGAUUUUGGCCACGCGCAUUUCGUAGGCGCACGGACGAUCUUAGAGCGUCUCCUGGAACUCCGGCAGUCCGCCAGCGAAAUCAGCCAGAGUACACAGUUCAUGGUCGGGGUUUAUCUUUUCUGGGACAUGGCGACAUCUUUUCUAGUACAUAGCUCGGAGCAAACCCCCUUGGGGACGCCGUUGAUGGCAGAUGCUGUCCAGCGAAUUGGCACCUCCUACCAUCCCAUGUAUGGCUACUGCACAGAAAUCUUAUAUCUCCUGGGGAUUGUUGGUCGGUACUACAGAAAGGUGCUAGACACUGGACGACGUGACCCAUUCCUCGAAGUCGAACUGGAAACCAAGUUGCUACUUUGGAGCGCGCCGAAGCAUAGCAACCAGCCCAUCUCAUUGCUGGCCGAAGCAUACCGAAAGCAAGGUCUCUUGAUGAUUUCCCUCGCCCGGGCCCACAUCCCCCUUCUCGACCGCGAUCUGACAGAAUCGGAAGGGAGGAGCGUGAUUGUUCAGCACGCCAGAGACACCCUGGCCUACCUGAUGAAGGUCCCAUCUACCUCAUGGUCUUUAAACUUUCAGUCUAUUCCUCUGAUCAUUGCCGGGUCGGAGUUGACGGAGGAGGAGGUGUCUCUUCGACAAUGGGUGCAGGAACGCCUUCGGGUGAUCUAUUCACUCAACCGGUGCCCGGUGAGUCUAUGGGCGAUUGAGCUGCUUGAAGAUGUAUGGGCCCUGCACGAUUCAGGAAUCAUGAUCUCCUGGCUGGAGCGAAUGUUGGCAAAAGGACAACGACUGUUAUUAGGUUAGGACACAAGUGACUCUUUCUAGAUCUGAGCCCAUGAUAGUAAAGCUGUAAUUAUAAAAACCGCUCUAAGAUCUCGGUAUCCCGGAUGGGGCAGUUCCGAAGAAUAUGACGUCACCGCUGACUGGGGCAAUAAAUCAACAACACCU